UGUGUCUUCACAAGUCUAUUUAUUUAGCUUUUUAAUCACAAUUAACUGAUUUGUUUACAUCGCUAAACAAAAAGACAUCCAAGAAAUGGCUCAUAAGAAGGUUUCACAGUUUCUGUUACUUUUAAUUAGUUUAAUUGCUGUAAAAUGUUCAUCGAAUGAGGUUAAUCGCAAGUUUGAAAUAGAUAAUGAAAACAAUUGUUUCCUCAAAGAUGGCGAACCCUUCCGUUAUGUGGCUGGUUGUCUUCACUACUUCCGGGUUCCUCAUCAGUAUUGGUCAGAUCGUUUGACCAAAAUGCGAGCUGCAGGUUUAAACGCUGUUCAAACAUACAUUGAGUGGUCAUCUCAUGAGCCACAAGAAGGUGUUUACAACUUCGAGGGAGAUCUUAACAUAGCCAAUUUCUUUGAGGCCGCAAAAGCCGCUGAUUUACUCGUUGUCUUGAGAAUGGGGCCUUAUGUUUGCGCUGAAAGAGAUUUGGGUGGACUUCCUUAUUGGCUGUUACAAUAUAAUGUUAAACUGAGAAGCAAUAACGACAUUUACAUGAACUAUGUAACUAAAUGGUUCAAUGUUUUACUGCCAAUUAUUGAGCCUUAUCUGUACAAAAACGGUGGACCAAUUAUCUCAAUUCAAAUCGAAAACGAAUAUGGUGCUUUUGGUACUUGCGACUUUGUUUACACAUCCCGACUUCGUGAUAUGGUUCAUUCAGCUUUGGGUAAAGAUGUGAUCUUAUUUACUACUGACCAACCCAAUCAUGAUGGACUUCGAUGUGCUCUCAUUGAUCAAACAUUGGCUACCAUUGAUUUCGGUACUGGUCAAGAUCCAGCUUAUGUAUUUGGUAUUCUAAGAGCUCAUCGAGCUUCUGGACCUCUCGUCAAUUCUGAAUUUUAUCCUGGUUGGUUGGACCAUUGGGGAGAAAAACAUCAAAAAGUAUCGACCAGUGAUGUCACUUACUGGUUGGAUAAAAUUCUGGCCUACAAUGCGUCGGUUGCUUUCUACAUGUUCCAUGGAGGUACUUCUUUCGGUUUCAUGUCCGGAGCGAACAGCGGCUCUGGCCAGUAUUCGCCACAAAUAACAAGCUAUGAUUAUGACGCUCCUUUGAAUGAGGCCGGAGACACAACCGACAAAUAUGAUGCAAUUAAAAAAGUCGUUGAAAAGUACUUACCAGUUCCUGGAUUGAAGAUCAAGCGACAAAGCGAUAAAAUGAGCUUCGGUCCAAUCACUUUAGAACUUAAUGCUUCUUUCCCUCAAUUAUUCAACAAGGCAACAUGGAAAUCGAAAACAGCUUCAGAUCCUCAAGCAUUCGAAUACCUUGGUGCUCGAAAUGGUCUCGUUCUUUACUCAAACAAACUCGAUUUUAAACCAACUAGUCCAUCGUCUCUUUCUUUCGACAACUUGAGAGAUCGAGCUUAUAUUUAUGUCGACAAGGUCUACCAAGGUUACAUCGGAAGACAAGAAAAGGCUUUGGUUAUCCCGAUAAGAGCUCAAAAAGGUUCAGUUGUUGAAAUUCUGGUUGAAAAUCAGGGUAGAAUCAACUAUGACCAGGAAAUGUCUGAACACAAGGGUAUUUUCGGUAAUGUUUAUCUUGGUUCGAAGACUUUAAAAAACUGGGACCAUAUUUAUCUUGAUGAUUGGGAAGAUUUUGUCACCAAAGGUCAUUAUCUUCAAGUGAAUGGUUCAUUAAGUGACGUCAAGAAGAACGGACAGUCUUUGACCCCUGCCGUUCUCAAAGGUCAGUUCACUUUACCUGCCGGAACACAACCUGCUGACACUUUUCUUAAUCCAAGUAACUUGACCAAAGGCUUCGUUUACCUUAACGGUAAAUGUCUUGGACGAUAUUGGCCUAACAACGGACCACAAAUUACUCUCUACGUACCUGGUGUUUGGAUUAACGCUUAUCCUCAAUCAAAUGAAUUAGUUUUUGUUGAACUUGAACCAACUUCUUGUUUGAAUGAUGGCAAAUGUACAAUCAAGUUUGAUGAUAUUCCUCAAAUUGACUCACCAGUUCCUGAAAACUAAUUACAAUUUAAUCAAUCACUCAUUGUACUAUUAAUUAAUAAUUAAACUCAUAACAGUCUUAAUGUAUUAAAUCAAAUACAAGAAGAAAAUCAAAA